AUGCAACGUAUAGGUAUUCUUUCUUUAUCUCCCUUGUUUGUUGCUCUUCUAUGUGUCGCUAUUGUCAAAAGCAACAAGUUUUCUUUUGUUCCACUCAUUAUUUGGGUCUACUCUUGGGAGCCCAACCAAGCGAAUCAACCCCUUAAGGAUAAACUUUCAUCAAUAGGUGCUGAUAUUACUUACAAUUUCCAUCAAAAGUGCACCCAUGUACUUGUUGAUGAGCUGACUCCUCUUAGAGAAGAGUUACUAGAUGCUAUUGUGGCAAAGAAAGCUUGUGUUCAGAUUAGCUGGGUUGAGAGAGUUGCAGAAGAAAAGAUUUGCAAUGAAAUCCCUAGCUGCAGCAACCAUACUCCAACUCUCUCUGCGGAAGGUGUAUCAGUCAAACUUGCAGACCAGGGAACUCGUGAAAACUGUAUGGAAGGAUACACGUUUGUGUUGGACUCGAUAAACAGUUAUAAGUACCGGAAUCAGUUGCAGUCCCUCUUAGAACUAACUGGAGCAAAGAUUCUUUCCAUUGAAGGGUUUAGUUCAAGUAGUCAAGAAUCGAAGCAUGAAGAGAAUAGUUAUGUUGUUUGUGUCAUCCCUGGAGGGUCACCCUACAAAUUUGAUUGCUUCAAUAAACUCAAAGUGUCUAGUGUGAAGGAAAUAGACUUGAUGUGUGUCGUUUUAACUGGGACGUUGGAUCAAUCCAUUUUGAUAUCACCUUGCGCUGAUCAAAUGCUUCCAAAAGUCAAUGGCCUUGGGUUUCUUGUUGGUAGAGAGUAG